AUGUCCCUCAACACCCUGACCGUCUGUAGAAUAAUACACCCAUCUCUUCAGAUCUUACAUGACCCUCCACCCACCCAUACACAAACUAUAAACUUAGAUACAUAUCCACCCACAAAGAACUUAGAUCCAUAUCCACCCACAAAGAACUUAGAUCCAUAUCCACCCACAAAGAACUUAGAUCCAUAUCCACCCACAAAGAACUUAGAUCCAUAUCCACCCACAAAGAACUUAGAUCCAUAUCCACCCACAAAGAACUUAGAUCCAUAUCCACCCACAAAGAACUUAGAUCCAUAUCCAUAUCCACCCACAAAGAACUUACAUCAAUAUCCACAUAUCCACACAAAGAACUUAGAUCCAUAUCCACCCACAAAGAACUUAGAUCCAUAUCCAUCCACUAAGAACUUACAUCCAUAUCCACCCACUAAGAACUUGCAUCCAUAUCCAAUCCCAAAGAACUUGCAUCCAUAUCCACCAUCAAAGAACUUGGACACAUAUCCACCCACAAAGAACUUGUGUCCAUUCUAUCAAACUGAACAUAUCAGAAGCUACCUUAUAAUACAGAACUUGAAUCACAGUCAACCCUUCACAAAACGCUUAGGAUCAGUAUAA